AUGGCAGUAAAAGAUACUAUCCGAAAACGAACCACCUCACCUUCGUCUUGGGUUUUACCCAAAGAAGAAUCAUGUAUCGCACCUGAUGAUGUAUGGAGUAACAAGGAUAUGGAUCCUGCACCUUUUGAGCACCGUAUAUGGACUGGAUGGACUUUCUUCACAUAUUGGAUCUCAGAUGCUUUCAAUCCUGGUCAAUGGGCUACAGUAGCGAGUUUCGUCGGAAUGGGCUUGACAUGGUGGGAAAGUUGUCUUGCAAUUCUCGUAGGAGGUUUCUUGGUCGCUAUCGUCAUUACAGCCAAUGGUUAUAUCGGUGCAGUCCUUCACACGCCCUUUGCCGUCACAUCCCGAUCAGUAUAUGGAUAUUGGGGAUCCAAGUUCGUUGUAUUUUCGCGAAUGGUCAUUGCUUGUUUCUGGCUUUCUAUCAAUUCCUGGUCUGGAGGCAUCUUCGUAUCUUUGAUGAUUCAAGCUAUCUGGCCCCAAUACGCCAAACUGAAGAACUCUAUUCCAGAAAGUCAAGGAGCAACAUCACAAGAUUUCUUAUCAUUCUUCCUGUUUUGGCUCUUACAACUUCCUUUCGUUUUUAUUCAUCCUUCCAAGCUCAAGUGGGUCUUCAACCUCAAGGCUAUCUUAGUUCCUGUCGUCGCUAUAGGUACCUUGAUAUAUGCCGUCAAGAAGGCUGGACCAUUAGCUUCGUCUGCAUUAUCAGAUCCUACUGGUCGAGUACCUGGUGGAUCAAAGAGGUUCAUAGCUUUCAUGUAUUCAGUUACAGCUACUCAGGGAACUUGGGCUACUUUGAGUAUCAAUGUCGGUGAUUUCUCUCGAUAUUGCAAGAAACCCUCAGCUGCAUAUGUGCAACUGUUCGCUAUUCCCAUUUUGUUCAGUAUCUUCAGUAUUUUCGCUGCCAUCUCAGCUGCAUGUCUGAACGCUGUCCAUGGAACUUCUGACUCUUUCUACCAAGCGUACGACAUCGUGGGUUUAUGGAAUACAUCAGCCGGUGGCCGAGCCGCUAUGUUUCUGGGGUCAUUGAUUUGGGCCUUAUCAAAUGUCACCACCAACAUCUCCGCUAAUUCGAUCUCAGCAGCGAAUGAUAUGACUUCAUUAGCACCUAAAUACAUCAAUAUCAAAAGAGGUCAAAUGAUAGCUAUAACAGUCGGAGUAUGGGGGUUUGCUCCCUGGAAAGUUUUGGCAUCAGCAUCAAACUUCUUAACUUUCAUGGCAUCUUAUUCUAUCGUCCUUGCACCCAUAGCGGUUUUAUUGGCGGUCGACUUUUUCUUCGUCAAACAUCGAAAAAUCGAUAUAUACGAAUUGUAUAGACCAAAUGGAAUUUAUAGAUUUACAGGUGGUUGGAAUUGGAGAGCUUACGUGGCUUUAAUCAUUGCUAUCGCCCCUAAUUUACCAGGUAUGGCCAAUGCUAUUAAUAGUAAUAUCAAUAUUGGAAACAUUCAAUAUGUCUAUAUGGUAUCAAACAUAGUUGGUGAUUUCCUUGCUAUCGUUGUUUACCUCGCUUUAAACAAGUUCUUCCCUGCUCAAGAAGCCCUUAUCGGUGUGCCUCGUCAUGAUCUGAUACCUUCUUCUCCAUCGUACUCAGCACAAGGCGGAUACCCAGUCGAUUAUUCAGGUGCCAACGAGGACUCUGAGGACAGAGAGGAGAAAUACCGUGUAUAG